AUGAUCUUCCUAUCCUUCUUCAAAACCCUUGUUGGGAAGGAGAUUGCGGUUGAACUCAAGAACGAUGUUGUCAUGACGGGGACAUUGCACAGUGUCGAUCAAUAUCUGAAUAUCAAACUAUUGAAUGUCAAGGUGGUCAAUCCUGACAAAUAUCCUCAAUUGGUUGCCUUGCAAAAUUGUUUUGUUCGAGGAAGUGUGGUGCGAUAUAUUCAAAUCCCACCAGAGCAUGUGGAUACCGAAUUGUUGCAGGAUGCAGCCCGAAAGGAAAAUGCACCGGCCAAAUAG